AUGACGGUGCACUUCUACACAGCCAUCGAGUCCAUCCUCCAUUCCUCCAUCACCAUGCAUCUGCGGCAACUUCGGGGUACAUUUUACCCUCCAGAAGCAGCCCACCCUGUAGUCCUUCAGUUUCUCUUCCUCAUCGUAAACCGGCACCAGGUUUUGACCCGCAGCAGGAUGGCUUGUGAAAUCUGCAGAGACACCGAGCUGGAGCAGGCCGAAAAUACUGAGGACCGCGUUGUAAAGAGAGGUAGUGUGUUUCGCCCCAUUCUGCGCGGACUCUUCUGGCCCUUCGGCAUUGUGGUGCGCACAUACCGCGGGUUUUGGUGGCUGUUGGGCUACCGGCAGCCACUGGAGAUCGCCGUUGUCAGUCCCGCUGUGUCCAGUCCCGUACGCCAUAGCCUCGCAGGCCGCAAGCGCCUGCACAGGUUCACCCGCCUACUGCUGUCCAUCCUGCCCCGCUGGGUGCAGAGCGCCAUGGGCUACCCAGUGUCCACCAGCAUUGGGAGAUCCCUCUCACCAGAGAUCCGAGUCUCUCCAACUAAACCUUGUGGAAAGGGCAGCAAGAGAAAGCAGGAUGAGUUGGACGAGGAUGAUGAGGAAGACGGUCAGACCUGGGUGGAGGCACUCAAUCAGGAGCUCGAUGACGAUGAAAGCCCAGAUCAGGAUCCUGACUAUGAGCCCAGUACUAUAGAGACUGAGAGUGAAGAGUACUGCUCACACAACAGCACGGAAAGCGACCUUGAAGUUCAGGAGAAUAUUGUGGUCAUUGAAGAUGUGAACACGGGUGUCGGGCUGGCCCCUCCAUCUGAAGUCUCUUGUCCUGAUGUUUUGUCAUAUUGACAAUGUUGUAGUAUUUCAGUGUUUUUGUAUCUUUAUAUAUUCAAUAAAUGUUGUCUUUUUCCUUGA